UGAUUGCAAGCUGUUUUGAUAAAUAUUUGCAAAAUUAUUUUAGAUAAAUAAUAACACUGAAACUGGACUGAAAAUAGGUUCCAUUGGCCGUACAUAAAAUAUAACGUUAAAGACUUUUAUAAGCUUAAAACAUGCUUUCAACGUCUAGAACACUUGGGUUCAAACCUCUAAGUUUCAAGAGGAUUCGCUUUCGGCAUAAAGUAAACAAACAACAUGAUGAUAAGCCAGAGCCAAAAGCAGCAACGGAUGUGAUGAAUUACUUAGAAAACUUUAAAGAAUACAAAGAUAUUGUUGAUAAAAUACCUGUUACACUUCUAAAGAAAUAUAAGUCACCAGAGACAAUGUAUUUAAUUAAUAAAAAAACUGCGAAAUGUAUAACAAACACACUUACCAAAUACAUAAGGAGAGAGUCUCCUAUCGUUGAAAUUAACCCCGGAUUUGGAUUUCUUACGCGGGAACUCCUAGCUUGUCAAAAUGAUCCAAUUUAUUUAUAUGAAAUUUCCAAUCAUUUCACACAAUUUCUUACAGAGAUUCAAUCACAAUAUCCUAAUAGAAUACAUCUCAAAUCAGGUGACUUUUUUGGAAUGUGGAAGCUAGCCUUUCAAGAUAAAUUGGAUGAUGGCAAUAGACUACAGGAAUUACUUGGAGAUCUUGCAACUGACGAUAGUGAUAGAAUUUUAAACAUAAUUGGCGCCAUGCCAAGCUUAACUUUUGUGAAACAUCUAAUAACUACUAUUGUUUUUCACAAUGAAACCAGCCAGUUGGGUAGACCAGAUCUUUAUUUCGCCAUGCCGGGACAUCACUAUGAGUUUCUCACUGAUAGUUCUAUUCAAAUGAGUAAAUAUAAAUCAGUGCCAGCACUAUUUCAACUGCUCUUCGAUUUUAAAAUUUUGGACAAAGUGCCCAAAGUUCACUUUUUGCCGUGGAUGCAUAAUCAAAAUAAUGCUAAAUCUUCAGUGAUUGAAGACAAUUGCCUUUACUUGGUAAGGAUAACAAGGAAAAAGACGUUGCCGUGUGAACCGAGGGAUCUGCCGCUACUGUGGUACUUUUUCAAACCACACACCUUUUCUAAAACUACAAGAGUGAUUCCGAUGUUAGAGCAAUGGAUCCCUGGCUGCGGCGUGUGGCUCAUAACUGGACAAGAUCCUCCCGACACCAAUAAGGAAGUGGGUCCGGGGAAAGAUGACGCCGCUCUGCCGCAUAUGACGAUAUUUACAGAAUUUGGCGAUCUCACUUUAGCACAAAAAGUGACUGUUUUUAAAAGAUUCAUUUCAUGGCCCGAGUUUGAGCAAUGCCCGUACAGAGUAACAAUGGAAAACAACUUGCCGAAGUUUGCUCUAAAGAUUGAUGAAGACAAAGGUCAUCUAGCCACUCACUUAGAUGAUAUGGAAAGCUCCGACACAGAAAUUGAACAAUGAUAUAUAUGUAUUGUAUUUAAAUUGAAAUAAUAAAAACAUUUAGUUAAUUGUUA